AUGGAUGUGUUAAUGAUCUUGAGUUCAAAAGAACCGGAUGAGAAACAUAUUUCUACAAGUAUAGACCCACUUGAUACACAACAUGAUAUCACGUUUAGAAGUAAUCUAGAAGACCUUGAGGAUUUAUAUGACCGUGUGGUGGUUCAUGAAAGUGCUAGUCAAGUUCUUCAAAAUUCCGGCCUUGCUAGAUUUUUUGAAAUUAGAAUUAAGAGAGCUGAUCAACAACUAGCUUAUGCAAUCAUAGAGAGGUGGUGGUAUAGUACCAAUUCGUUUCAUUUCCCAAAUUUUGAAAUUGGUUUCACCCCUUUAGAUUUUGUUCACUUAACUGGAAUUCCUAUUGGAAAUGGUCGUAGAAGAUUGGAACAUGCCGCUACAAGUAAAUGGAAAAGUAGAGAAAACCAACAACUAGAGGAUACCUACUUUGGACCUUUGCAUGGGUAUGCAAAGUACAACAAGAACUCACCUGAAUUUCCUAUUGUUUGCCUCGUAAACUAUAUCAAGGACAAUCCAAUUAAUGAUGAAAAUUGGGAGAUUAUGACUCGAUACUUCUUAUUAUGUGUGAUUUCAAAAGUUUUAUUGGCGCGUACCACUACAAGAGCAAGCAAAGGUUGGAUCGCUUCCUUGCGUGAUUUGAAUGCGAUUGGUAAUUAUGAUUGGGGUUCGGCUUGUUUUAGUCACUUGUAUAGUAGCAUGAGUGCGGUUGCUAGAGGUGGAAAAAACAUGUGUGGAUUGGCGAUGGUUUUAGAAUAUUGGUUUUACAUAUAUUUUCGUACUUUGACGCCUUUUCUCCAAGAAGGUGUACCGACUGAUGUAUGGCCUGCAAUUAUGAUAUUCAAGAAAGAUAGUCUAGUGAAGUUGCAAAGGGGUACUUCCAAACACUCUCUUAAUACAGCUCGCCAACAAAUUGAGUUGAGGACAAUUGUUGGAACGGAAUGGCAACCAUGGUCUACUAGUAUGUAUAGAGAUCAUCCUGAUAUAGUGCAUGCUCGUGAAAUCUCCAAUCAAAGAGUGGCUUUCUGUAAUCCGGAAAGCGAUACUAGUAUCAUGUAUCUUGGUGAACGGUUUUUAAGGCAAACAAAGGGAUUUAUAACAAUUCCAAUAAGUCCACGUGAACGUUUGGAAGACCUUGCUACCCCCAAUGAUCCUAUUGAUGUGGUUGAAGGACGAUACUAG